GGAGUAUGCGGUGAAUGAAGUGGUGGCUGGGAUUCGGGAGUACUUUAACGUCAUGCUGGGCACUCAGCUGCUUUACAAGUUCGAGAGGCCGCAGUAUGCUGAGAUCCUGGCUGAACACCCAGACAUGCCGAUGUCUCAGGUGUAUGGAGCUCCUCACUUGCUGCGCCUAUUUGUUCGUAUUGGAGCCAUGCUGGCCUACACUCCACUGGACGAGAAGAGUCUGGCUUUGCUGCUCAGUUACCUCCAAGAUUUCCUCAAGUACCUGGUAAAGAAUUCAUCCACCCUCUUCACUGCCACUGACUACGAGGUCGCACCCCCCGAGUACCACCGCAAAGCUGUGUGAGAGCUCUCAGCACACAGCGGCCCUUAUUGAGGCACGUCAUCCCCGUCUCCCAGACCACAUGUAAAAUAACCAUUACUUCCCUUUUGAGUGCAGACUCGGAUGAGAUUUUUCACUUGAACUGAUACACUUCCACCACAAAGGUCUCAGGAGCUUGUCACGGUUACGUAAGAAAAUACAUUUUUAGGAAAACUUUUUUUUUUUUUAGCUGAAUCUCUUUUUUUCUCUCAUUUCUUUGAAAAGUUGUGUUUUCUGUUGACAAGUUUUCUGUUUCCACAAGCAGCUCUUUGGUGUUUUUGUGCAUUCCACCUGAUAGAUAUUUGUUACCGUUGCAUGUAUGUAUUUAUUAGUGCUUCUUCUGCCAUAUGAGGUGCAAUUUAAUGCUGGACCACGUGGUCAGCAGUCAGCAGUUAAUGUUUUUGUAUCUGUAUCAUGUGUAUUUGUAUCAAUUUGUAAAGAAAAAAAAUGUUUCUACACAAUCUGUG